AUGCCUGAGCUCCUUUGCCAGCCCUCUGAUGUAGAACUGCGAUCGGAUUCUAUGAUAAGCUCUGUGGAACCCGAGGUGCUCAACGGCAUCAUGAUUGUCGUGAUAGAUGUCCCGUUCCUUUACCACCGGAAUGCACAGUCUUUCUGCGCCAUCGACGUCUCGGAAGUACAGCAGAUUGUCACGCUUGAAAAAAUGGAAUGCGAUGUGCCUGUUCGCUAUGUCUUCCCAGAUGCGUCGCAAGACUGGAUCAACCGCAUAGCCUCUUCGCAAUUGCUCGGCGUAGAUGGGGUCGAUUUGCAGUACUGUCGCGUGAAACAUGACCUGAUCGUGAUCAAUGACCCUUUCUAA